AUGGAGGUCAACCCUGGUGCUCGUGGAGACACUAUGACAGCUCACCUGGUAAAGCGAUGCACCUGCCUCCUAAGGGAGGCUGCCAGCAUCGCCCCUGCCAUCUCUCGAGCUGGCCGACUGAGACUUGCCCGGGUUGCCCCUAGGACCGUCACCUCUUCAACGGCCUCACGCAGCCCCCACUCCCCAGGCCCCUUGACUGAACUCCUGGAGAAGGUGCCAGUGUUUACACCCUACCCCGAGCGCGAGGAGGUGGACCUGCUGAUUGAGAAGGCCACCAGGCCAGAGCAGCUGCUGGCACUGCCUCAAGGUGUACCCUGCCUGCACCCCAAUCAGGUCGCCCUCAUCGUCAUCCAGCUCUCUCGCCUGCUGGCCGAAAAGCCCAAGGACAAAGCCUCUGUGACGCAGGAUGGCCGCUUCCUGCAGCUUCUCAACCUUGUCAGCAGUCAGAUCAGCUCCGUCUGGCACGGGACCCUCGUGAAACUGCUCCGGAGCCUCUACUCACUGGCCCUUCCGAAGACCUCCAAGGAGCUGCAGUCGGUGGAGCAGGAAGUCCGCUGGCGGAUGCGGAGGCUCAAGUACAAACAGCUGGCCUUCCUGGCUGAGACAAGCACCGCCUACAUGCAGGAGUGGGACUCACAGGAGCUGCUGGCGGAACUGAUUGUGCACCUGGAGAGGCGCUGGGCUGAAAUCGAAGAUGGCCGCACAGUGGUGGCCAUCAUGAUGAAAAUGGGUCACCUCUCAGAGCCUCUUAUGAACCGUUUGGAAGAUAAGUGCCUGGAGCUGAUGGAACAGUUGGGCCCUGAUGACCUGCGGAAGGUGCUGCUGACCCUGGCAGCACAGAACCGGCGCUCGGUGCCUUUGCUGCGUGCCGUCUCCUAUCACCUGGUCCAGAAACCCUUGACCUUGACGAAAGGCGUUCUUAUGGACAUGGCCUAUGCCUACGGCAAACUCAACUUCCACCAGGCCCAGGUGUUCCAGCGACUGGCAGCCGACUUGCUGCCCCACGUACCCAACCUGACGCCCAGCGAGGUGGCCCACUGCUCCAAAUCCUUGGCCUUCCUCAAGUGGCUUAACCUGCCCCUGUUUGAAGCCUUUUCCCAGCAUGUCCUGAACAAAUCCCAGGACAUCACCCUGCCACACCUGUGCAACGUGGUCCAGGCUUUUGCCCAUCUGAACUUCCAUCCAGAAGAAGAAGACCGGUUCUUCAGCCUGGUGCACGAGAAGCUAGCCUCGGGGCUGGCCAACCUGAGCCCUGCACUGCAGGUGGAUGUGGUGUGGGCCCUUUGUGUGCUGGGGCAGGUGCAGGAAGCAGAACUGCGAGCUGUCCUCCACCCCAGCUUCCACGCCCAAUUCCUGGGUUGCGUGUCUCCAAAGGAGAAGAACACCUUCCAGAAGCUUCUGCACAUCAACACCACUGCUCAUUUGGAGCACCCCGAAUACACAGGCCCCCUUUUGCCGGCCUUGACAUCGGUCCCCGGGCCCACAGCCCCUGACAAGAAGGUGACCCCCUUGCAGAAGGAGCUACAGGGCACCUUGAAGGAACUGCUAGGGAGUGCUGACAAGGGCUGCUUCGCAGUGACCACACAGUAUGGCUGGGCUCUGGACGCUGAGGUGCUGCUGGACACUGAGGGUCAGUUUCUACCUCUGAGGGACUUCGUUGCUCCUCAUCUUGCCCAGCCAGCUGGAAGCCAGUCACUGCCCCCUGGGGCCAAGAGGCUGGCCUUCUUGCGGUGGGAGUUUUCCAACUUCAGUAGCCGGAGCAAGGACUUGCUGGGGCGCUUCCUCCUGGCACGGCGCCACAUACUGGCUGCUGGCUUCCUGGUCAUCGAUGUUCCUUACUACGAGUGGCUGGAACUCAAGUCCGAAUGGCAGAAAGGCGCCUACCUCAAGGACAAGAUGCGCAAAGCUGUGGCAGCAGACUUGGCCAAAUGA